CAUGCGCAGUGGCCAUUUCUGUUGUGGAUAGACUGCGCGAGGACGCUGGUCUCGCCUUGUCUGCAGCAGGAGAAUAAAUCCAGAACAAAUUUAGGAAAUAAGAGUAAGGUCGUGGAUAUAUCCUGAUACAGCUGGCUAAUUUAUUUAGCUAGCUAUUCGUAUGAAUAAGUGACUACUGCUCAACACGUACCAAAGAAUGGCUGAGCAGAGGAGCGGAUAUCGGCAGUUAGCCAACGAGGAGGAGACGGAGUCACCUGAGGUUCCCCAACAAGCAAGUGAUGCUCCGCCUCCAUACACCAGCAUUUCAGCUGAUCCAGCAGCCUUCUUUGAUUACAAAGAUGACGGGACUUACCCCAAACCCCCUUCAUACAACGUCGCCACGUCUCUACCAUCGUACGACGAAGCCGAGAGGACCAAGGCUGAGUCCAGCGUUCCUCUGAUGCCUACACGGGACGAGGAUUUCGUCGGCAGAGACGACUUUGACGAUGUUGACCAGCUGCGAGUUGGGAAUGAUGGCAUAUUCAUGCUGACGUUUUUUAUGGCUUUCCUUUUCAACUGGAUCGGCUUCUUUCUGUCGUUUUGCCUGACCACUUCGGCAGCAGGACGCUACGGCGCAGUCUCUGGGUUCGGCCUCUCCCUGGUGAAGUGGGUCCUGAUCGUCAGGUUCUCCACAUAUUUUCCCGGUUACUUUGAUGGGCAGUACUGGCUGUGGUGGGUGUUCCUGGUUGUAGGAUUCCUGCUGUUUAUCAGAGGUUUCGUGAAUUACUCCAGAGUGCGCAACAUGGCCGAUCAUUCCUUCCCAACCGUUUCUCGCACCAGAGUCCUUUUUAUCUACUGAAGGUUUCGCAUCUCAGGACUAUUACGAAAUCCGCAAAAUGGCGAAAAUCCGGCUUUGAAUCUUCAGAAAACCGUGCUAAGCAGAAGCCGCUGCAACAAAACAGCAUAUAAAUGAAAAAAUAUAUAUAUAUAUAUAUAUUUAGGUACAGUUAUGUACAUUUACCAGGCUGUUGAUAGUCCUCUAAUCAAGUAUUUAUCUGUAACUAAUUUCCAGUGCAAUCAAUCACGGCGACGUAAAUGCAUUGUCUUUUAAUAUUCCUUAAUCAGCACACCGACGUUUAUAAUGGACAGCCAAUAAAGGCCACCACAGCUUUAGACAAUUAAUGCCUUGCAAAAUAAACAAUGCACCCAGUUCUUUAUCUUUCAGUGAUGCCUGUUCAAGCACAUUUUACACCAGAUGCAAUGCAGCACAGAGGGCAGUCGCACUGCAGUGCUUCUCCGUUUAUACAGAUAAUAAAUACAUGUGCUUUCUCUCAGCAUAUUAAUAUAGCAUGCACAUAUCCGAUCAAUAUCAGAUCUGUAUAAACAAUUUAUAUAGUUUGAGAAUUUCUCUCUCUGCUUAUAUAUAGUUUGGUGUUUCUGGCACAGCAGGAUUAAAAAGCCCAUGUGGUGUAAGAUUAUGGGCCUUAGACACAAGAAGACAGCAUGAAUGAUUAUGCUGUCUAUCCAAACAUAAUCGCCCUUCAGAAUUAGAUUGUACAAUUUAGUAUGAGAGUGUUUCAAGCAGAAAGCUGCCUCUGGUGUAAAAUAGGCUUUAGUGUUCUCAUUUAUAGAGUGCUGGGGGAAAAUUUUUAGUUCUACUUUGUAAGUAUUGUAACCCAAUGUUGUUGUUUUUUUUUGUGAAAUGUAAAGUUUAGAUGUGUUCGAGACAGUGUCAUGUCGGAUGUUAUUUUAUCCUUGCACUUUGAUGAUGUUAUGAAGGUAGAACAGCAGUGAGUUUCACAUCCAGGAAGAAGUGCAAAAUCCAAAAUCAUGACUAAUGAGUCUCAGAGUGAUUUAUCUAAUAGGCAUGACAAGAUGAAAUAAAGGUCUCGCUUUUGUCAUUAGGACCAAAUAUUUAAAUAAUGAUGAUAAUAAUAAAAAAAGAAGCUUUUCAGUCUGAUGCACAGUGAUUGGUCAUGCAGUGACACCUAAAACUGUACCUGUAUUUCUUCUGUGAUCUGUAUCAUGAACAACGGUCAUUUAUAAUGCCAAAAGUAUCAGUAGAUAAACCCACUGUCUUGUUGAUUUUUCUUAAGUUUCUGUGACCUGCAUGUUGAUGAAAUAGUUCUGCACAGUGUGGUAUAAUGUGGUUUAUAUGUUUACACUUGUGCAAAAAUAACUUUUAAUAAACAUUGCUUCUAUAGCGACA